GCCUGCCCCGGGGCGGAGCCGCUCUCGGCGGGGAUCGCGGCGGAGCCGCCGGUGCCGGUGCGGGAUGAGCUUCCCGCGGCCGCUGCGGCGCUCCGUCAGCCUCAGCCCGGCCCGCAGCCUCCGCCUCGUCGUGCUGGGGCAGAGCGCCGUGGGCAAGACGGCGUUGACCGUAAGGUUCAUCACCAGGAGGUUCAUUGGAGACUACGACCCAACCCUAGAAAUGAUCUACAGACACGUGUCCGUCAUCGAUGGGGAGAUGGUGCACUUUGAGAUCCUCGACACGGCAGGACAGGAGGAGGAUUCCCUGCAGAUAGAGGAGAAGAUCAAAUGGGGCGAUGGCUUCGCCGUGGUCUACUCAGUGACGGACCGGUGCAGCUUCGAUGAGGUCAUGCGGCUGUGCUUCCUCAUCAACCACAUCCACUCGAGCCCCAAGCGGAGCAGUGGGAGCGAGCAGCCCCCCGUGGUCAUCGUGGGCAACAAGAAGGACUUGCAGUUCGACAGGAUGGUGUCCACAGAGGAUGGUGAGAACCUCUCCAAAGCCUUGAAGCUUCCUUUCUACGAGAUCUCCACCCGGGACAGCUAUGAAGAGACCGUGGGGGUGUUCAAUGCUCUCUACCAGGAGCUCAUGAGGCAGGGGCAUUUCUCCCCGGGUUCCUUCAAGAGAAGGACAGUGUCGAAGCUGAUGGAGAAGAUCCCGAAGAUGCAAGCCAGCUCCACCUUGAACUCGGCUGGCCGCAGCCUCAGCUUUAACUCCUUCAGGGACUACAUCCCCGAGUGAGCAUCCUCGGUGCGGAGGCGAGAGUGACAGCCAAGCUGGGACUGAGGGACAGGCUACCCUGCUGCCAGGGCACCCGCUGGGUUGAGGAGCAGCUCAUGGGGCUGUGCUGGCUCCAGGAGGGGAAGGUUGAGAGGUGGGGAGGGUGGAAUUUGGGUCCAACAGCCUUUUAAAGACCACGGGCUUUCACUAAUGGGCUUUGUGUCAGCAGGGAGGAUGUUCUUUGUCCACCUUCCCCCUUUUCUCCCUCCUCCUCAUCCUACAUGGCUGAAGUCAGUUCUGAAGGUGGCUCGUGGUGACUUCAGUGGGGUCCGGUCAACUCUUGCAGGCUCAGAAGUGUUUCAGUGGGGAUCAGACCCAGCACAGAUACGUCUGUAUGGGUUUGUCCAUUCCUCUAAAAAACCUUGCUGGGUCUGUUUCUGCCCCCACAAUGCCGGGGGGACCUCGAGGGCCACGCCGGCUCCAGGCUGUCAUCUGCCAUCCCUGCCCUGGGGAGAACAGCCAUCGCUUUUGCUGCUUAGUGUUUUAGGGAGUAAAGUCCCGUCUUUAGCAGUGGCUGCUUUAAACACUUCCAGCCUGGCCAGCUGCUCCGGCAGGGUGGUCUCUGCCCGCAUCCACCCCUCGGUGCCCCCAGACCCAGCCACCGUGUGGGUCAGAGGGUGGCGAGGGCUGCGUCACCUUCUGCCCUCGCUGUGGUCCUCCCUGGAGCGGCAGUGUGCCCACCUGCAGCCUCCAGCGUCUUUUGGAGCUGGGGCGGUGUCUCCGUCCCAGUUUCCCCCUGGGUUUGUGAGCUGGAGCUGCUGCAGAGGGGCAGAGCCUGUGCCCCCAGCAGACCCCACGUCCCCUGGCAGACCCAAUCCCCGCAGGAGAUCCUGCAUCCCCACCAGACCCUGCGUCCCCCCAGCGCUGCUGCAGCUCUGCUCCCUCCUGGCCCCAAGGGAACGCUUAAAAGCAGAACUGAGUUCUGUUUACAGUGGAGAGCAAGGAAAAAAAAAAGCCUGUUAAUCCCUGGCUUUUCUAAAAUCCCAUUUUUUAACAUUUCAGGCUCCUUGGCGCUCUCUCCUUUAACACCACUGUAAAUAAACCCCCCGGUAAAGGGCGGUGAAGGCAGCAGAUCUUGCUGCUCCAGCUGAGGCUGAAGGCACCUCAUGCUCGGCACCUUGCUGGGGUUCCUGCCUUUGCCCAAGGGGUUCCUGCCCCUUAUUUUCUGCCUGCAGCUCGCUCGGGGCAGUCGAAGGCGACAGGGGCUGCACUCGUGCCGGGUGCUGGGACCCCAGGCUGGGAUGGUGCUUUGCCAUCGCAGAGGAGCCGUGUGUUUCUGGGGCAGCUCCUCCCGUGAACGCCUUUGCCCUGCGACUCAGCAGAGCGCCAGCAAAACCACUGAGCGGAUCGAACAGAGCCAACGCUGAGAGGUGCACAUGAUGCUCCUUGCAGAGAUUCCCCUGCCUUGCUUAUCCGUUGCCCUGAAUCCAAAGGGAAAAUCGCUGUGGCUUGCGGAUUUGUCUCUGUGCAGAGUCGGGGCGGCAGAAGGAAGGAGUAGGGGUGGCAGUGAGCAGCAGCUUCGCCCCGUGGCAUCGAUCCUGCGUGAGGCCGUGCACGGCGCUGCCCUCCCGGUGCUCGUGCGGGCAGAGCACAGCCCUGUCCCCCCGUAGCGACUGUCCCGUCGCCCGCUGCUGCGCCCGGUGACAAUAAAAGUCGAGUAAG